AAAUCAGCCCACUACUCCCUGCUUCUCCUCAUCUUGUCGGAUUGUUAACCGUUCCUCCGAUUGGCUGCGCCUUCUCUGCGUUUCGCUCCUCUGUCCCCUCAAUAUUCCUCCUGUUUUCCUUCCGCUUCCAACGUUCCUCUCCCGUUUUCACGUCGGAGGCUCCGGAAUUCUCUUCUCGAUCUGUCCGUCUCCGGUGAGACUGAGAGGGAAGAGAGGGAAUGGCGCAUAGAGUAGAUCAUGAGUACGAUUAUCUGUUCAAGAUCGUCUUGAUCGGUGACUCUGGAGUUGGCAAAUCCAAUAUCCUGUCGAGGUUCACCAGAAACGAGUUCUGCUUGGAGUCGAAAUCCACCAUCGGCGUCGAGUUCGCUACCAGAACUCUUCAGGUAGAAGGGAAGACAGUUAAGGCACAGAUUUGGGAUACAGCUGGCCAAGAGAGAUACCGAGCAAUCACCAGUGCUUACUAUAGAGGGGCUGUUGGUGCUCUCCUUGUCUACGACAUUACCAAGAGGCAGACCUUUGACAAUGUCCAAAGAUGGCUUCGUGAAUUGAGGGAUCAUGCUGAUUCUAACAUUGUCAUCAUGAUGGCUGGAAAUAAAUCUGACUUGAAUCAUCUCAGAGCUGUUACAGAGCAGGAUGGUCAAGCUCUGGCUGAGCGUGAAGGCCUUUCAUUUCUUGAGACAUCAGCACUGGAAGCUACAAAUGUAGAGAAGGCAUUCCAAACUAUUUUGAAUGAGAUCUACCAUAUAGUAAGCAAAAAAGCGUUGGCAGCUCAGGAAGCAGCUGCUACUACCACGCUUCCUGGCCAAAGAACAACCAUCAAUGUUGCUGAUAGUGCUGGGACCAUCAAGAAAGGAUGUUGCUCCACCUAAGGUGAAUGGUUUUGUAUCAGGAUGGAAACAUAUUUGCUAGCAAGUGGGCCUUCAUCUUUUUUCCUUUUUUGUUUUUUGUUUUUUCUUGUCUUCAUUUAUCUUUUAUCUUUUACAAAAUUUUCUUAAGAGAGAGACAAUGUAUUAUACUUAUUUUAAGUGAGUUGUGACAAGAAAAGCUUGUGAUACAUUCCAAAAAAGAAAAGCUUGUGACAUUU